AUGCAGUCCCUCCUCGCCCUCUCCCGCAUAGCCGUCGGCCUCGGCUUCCUCACAAUCCCCGGCCCCAUGGCAGCCCUCUCCCGCAUGCCCUUCAGCCCCGAAGCCGCGAUCGGCUGCCGCAUGGCCGGGGCGCGCGAUAUAGUCAUUGGCGCGUUGCUAUACACAAGCCUGAGCCGGUCCUCGAAUCCGACGACGACCGCCGCGGACGCCCGCGAUGCAAAACCCUCCUCGGCGCGCCAGGGGCCCCGGAAUCGGGUCUGGAGCGCCACGCAGGGCGCGCUCGUUGCGGGCAUGGCUGUUGAUGCCAUGGAUGUUCUUGCUUGUCUGUGGGGGUAUCUUGAUGGGUCGCUGCCGCUGACGCCGGCGUUGUUGCUUGGUGGGGGUGCGGCGGUUUUGUUGGAUUUGGGGGUUUACUGUUGGUAUUUCUGA